AUGCAGGACUCUGAUGAUUACUUUGCAAACGACGAUCUCGUGCUCGAUGAUACUGUCAUUGCUGCGCUUGAUGAGCAAGAGAGCAAGUUCGUAGAAAGUCAACGUCUCACACAGCAAGCUCAGGCGCAUCCUAAUUCACCCCCUCCUGCCAAGCGCCAGAAACUCUACCAUGAACUCCCUCUCCGGACAGCAUCCUUAGAUGAAUUGCAGCUACCAGAAGUAUCUCUUCAUGGCAGUCAAGCUUAUGAUAUUGCUUCCCGCAGACGUGCAUCCGGGAGUAAUUGGAACGCUGCAGGUCGCAACGUGUCAGCACGCGUAGAAUCGCCGAAUCAACAUCAUGCACAGUAUGUCACGCGUCAUGAUGCUUCUGCAGCGAACGUGCAACGUUCCUUCCCUCCAAGAGCAGCACCAAACCAGCCACUCCUCGCACCUUCCAGACGUGCCUCAUCAAGCUCGGUUGCUUCAAAUGCGCAUAUUGCGAUGCUUGCCCCAAAGACUGAAGACGCAACGCUUCGUGCAGAGUUGGAGGUACUACGUGCUCAGUUGAAAGAACUAACCGAGGAAAGAGGGAAGACGAAGCAGGAGUAUGAAGGUGAACGCGAUGCACGACUAGCUAAAGAGGGUGAAGUCACCAUUUUGAGAAAAGGUCUCGAAAAGAAAAAUCAAGAGUAUUCCGCAGAGAUUGCUAGGCUGAGAGCGGCGAAAGAGCAAGCGGAAGCCACUCAGGCUCAAGCACAAAAGAACAUGAGAGAAGAGGUGGAACGGCUGAAGGGCCAAUUACAACUGAAGCGUAAUGAGGAAGCCACCUUACGGCGACCACCAUCGUCAGGGCGGUCUCAGAGAAUCCGCGACCAGCCACCUCCCACCCCAGUGCGGAUGCCCUCGCAGAUGCGGGAAUGGAACAGCGAUGCCGGUCGUGCACCUCGAACACCCUCUCGUACACGUCAAAUCACCUCGAAUGGCAGCCCUGAGUCCUCAAGAAGCAGGAAAUAUACCUCUGAUCAUCCUAAGAAGAGUGCACUGUUCCCAGGUUUCGUGAACGCGUUCGACUAUUCGCCUCCGAGAGCAUCACAGAAUGUUCAAGCGAAGGGAAAGCAGCGAGAGGAGAGCAAAGUUCGCAGGGAUUUAUCCGACUCGGAUCCGUAUCCUAGCCAACGUCAACAGUACUCAUCUCCUCCGAGCAGUCCUAUUCAAUUCUUACGACCCAUGGAGGAUUUCAAUCCAUUGGGACCCGAUGAUCAAGGGACUGGUGCGGAUGUUGAAAUGACUGACGAAGUCAAGGAUCAGAUACCGGUGGAGGAGUACGAUGUGGUUGAACCGCCAGAUCGAAGAGCGGAGCUCCAACGGAUUAUCUUUUCUCACAAAUUAUCAUCAUCGGAACCGCUGACGUUCCAUUUUCUUUUGGGUUCUCCACUUCCGGAUUCAGCCUCAGCAGAGCAAUCGCGAUCGUAUGCUGCUUUGUGUGAUCGACUGCUCGAGAAUCUCGGGAUUACUGUACCCAAAAUGGAUGGUGGGGACUAUCUCAACGAGGUCCUCUCGGAUAUUCUAGUGCAAAUGGCCAGAACUUUGACCGAUGUUCGAGCAAUUCCGGCAUUGACUGCGCUUUUCUCCCUACUGCGUGAGGUGGUUCUGUGGCAACGUAUGUUUGCUAGGUUAUUUCUGUCCACCACGGAUGACGACGCACCUCCUACAAUCAUUGCUUUGUUAUGUGAUGUCAUUCGCACAUGUCUGAACCCCCCGAAUAAGCCUAUGAGUGAAGAACUUAGCCCGCUCGCACUUCGUACUCUUCGACUACUUGAAAUGCUAGCUUGGAGUGCCCCGGAUGAUCUUGCGAUCAGACUGUCAUUCAUCCUGAAGAGUCCGAAUGUACUUUCGAUCCUACUGGCACCGUCCCAGCCUACUUGGUUGUUGCAUCGAUCUGCUCGUCUUCUUGCAUUCCUUGCGUCGCAUCCUAGCCUAUUUAGGUAUUUGCUUUUAUACCCAGAGACAAAUGCUGGAGAGGCGUUGGGUGAGAAAGGCUUCAGACACAUUCCAUACAUCGAGCAGCUCUCGUUUUACCUGACCGAUAUUACACGACAAGGGCCUGAGGCGGACUUGUUGAGAGAGUCGAUCCUCACGUUUGUCGCAGGACUCGUAGUCGCCCAUCCGGAAGCUCAGGGGAUUUUGGCAGAAACUGAGACACUCAUUCCUUCAAUCAUUCUGUUCCUAUACAAUCUGACAACGCCUAUCUACGAGGAAGAUGAGGGCCUGAUGAAUGCACCUGAGUUGGUUACGGCACUAUGUGAAAAGACCAAUAGGACGGUGUCCCUACUACAUACACUCGUCCUCGGCGGGAACAGCACAAGAGUUGGCCUGCGACAUAAGCUGACGAGCAUCAAGUAUCGUCAGUUUCACGGCAUCAUGCACAUGUUCAACGUUGCCCUGGGGCGGCUCAGCUAUGCGGACGUCCCUCAGUGGUUUGAACCUUCGCAACGCCAUGCACUGGAAGAGGUGAUGGACCUGGCUAGGCAGCUGUUAGAGCUCAACUCGGACGGCCCUGAGCUUGAGUUGAUUUGGGCAGCAUUUCAAUCCGACGAGGAGAUGCAGGACAUGGCCGUGGACAAGCAGGAAGAAGACAACGACGAGGAGAGUGAGGCACGCAUGCUGCAUCCUCCUGACGCCGAAGAGUGA